ACUCCGUUAUUGAUUGGUGUAACAAAUUUGCUCGUUGGUAUCGUGGCAGUUACGGGGAAUUUUCUCCUCUGUGUAACAAUUUACAAAGAUCCCUAUCGACGCUUGAGAAGUACUGCUAAUUAUUUAGUAGUAAAUCUAGCGGCUGCUGACCUUCUCACAGGUUUGAUAACUGAACCUUUAUAUGCAGCAUUUGAAAUAUGCAACUUCAUGAAGAAAGAAUUCACCACCUUAUAUGUCAUUGGGGAAUCAACUGCAUAUGUUUUUGUAAACGCCUCGAUUUUGUCUAUCCUUUCCCUGGCGUUAGAUCGGUAUAUUGCGGUAAAAUAUCCAUUAUCACAUGAGCGAAAGAUGAACCACGACUGCAUCCUUAAAAUUGUCAUUCUAUUGUGGAGUUACUCCCUGCUAUUCAGUAUGCUUCGCUUCAUGGGUUUACCUCAAGAUGUUUUUUACUGGCUUGAUUUGCAUCUGAAUUAUACCCUACUUGUGGGGAUAUUAAUAGGGGUGUAUGUAUCGAUAUAUUUUACUGUCAGGCAUCAACUAACAGAGUCAUUAAGAACACAAGGCUACAAUAGCAAAACAAGACGACAGCCAAAUCGCAACGAGAUGGAAACUAAAAUAAAAUCAGAGAAAAAAUUGCUAAGAACCAUUUUCCUACUGUUAGUGGUAGCUAUCGCGUGUAUGAUGCCUAUCUACAUAAUGCUUCAUGUAGAACUACUCUGCGAGUCCUGCAUGGAAAUAGCAGCAGUAAAAGCUAUAAGCAAGUUCUCGGAGCCAAUUCUGUUUUUAAAUUCAGGAUUGAACCCUUUUCUUUACGCCUGGACAAUGCCAAAGUAUCGUCGAGCACUUAAACAAAUACUUCGCAGCUGGGGUCUGCGUUCGAAUAGAAUUAGGAAGCAUAGAAAUACAAUUCCCCGCCAGGACAGGUGCGUGUUUGCAUUUCAAAAUCGAGGGAUGACGCACGGAAAUACAACUUUAUCGGAUUCCAAGGAUUGGAUCCCUGUGCAGCUGUUAAAAAUUGAUGUCAAAGAGAUUAUAAACGUCGUAUGA